UCUUCGCUGAGAACUCUGGGAAUUUGAGUCCAGCGUGCUAAAUAAUUCAAGCCCCCCUCAUUCGUGUCUUUCUCCGCCGCCAACAAGAUAUGCCGGCCGUACAUCACAAACUCCUCCUCGAGGACGCUUUGCAGGACAGUCCUCAGACUCGCUCCCUGCUCAGCGUGUUUGAGGAGGAUGCGGCGAACCUCACCGACUACACCAACCAGCUGCUGCAGUCCAUGCAGCGCGUGUAUGGAGCUCAGAGUGAGAUGGGCUUGGCCACAGAGCAACUCUCCCGCCAGCUUCUUUCAUACGAGAAGAAAAAUUUCGCCCUUGGAAAAGGUGACGAAGAAGUAAUCUGUACGCUGCAGAACUUCGCCAAAACGGUAGAGGAGCUCAACUCCCUCCACUCAGAGCUCGCCAACCAGAUGGCCGACACCAUGGUCUUCCCCUUGAUCCAGUUCAGAGAAAAAGACCUGACGGAGGUGAGCACAUUGAAGGAAAUAUUUGGCAUCGCCACCGACGAACAUGAGGCAGCCAUGGUCAAAUACAGCCGUUUACCCAAAAAGAAGGAAAAUGAGAAGCUGAAAGCCGACCUGGUCAAAGAGGUGGCAUACACCCGUAGGAAGCAGCACCAGGCCUCACUGCAGUAUUACUGCGCCCUCAAUGCCUUGCAGUACCGUAAGAGGGUCGCCAUGUUGGAGCCCAUGCUGGGCUACACGCAGGCACAGGUGAGUUUCUUCAAGAAAGGCCUGGAGCUGGUGUCAAAGAAGAUGGACAGCUUUCUCUCCUCCGUGACCAACAUGACGCAAAAUAUCCAAACUCAGCUGGACGCUGAUGCGGAGGCCAUGCGGGUGUCACAGAAGGAGCUCUUGUCUGUGGAUGACUCGGUCUACAUGCUGGACCAGGACACCGAGCCUGUCAAUCGCACACUGAUCCAGAAGGCCGGUUUCCUCAACAUUAGGAAUAAGACGGGCCUGGUGACCACAGCAUGGGACCGCCUCUACUUCUUCACACAGGGUGGAAACCUCAUGUGCCAGCCCCGGGGGGCGGUGGCCGGGGGCAUGGUGCUAGAUCUGGACAACAGUUCUGUCAUGGCCAUCGAGUGUGAAGACAGACACUACUGCUUCCAAAUCACAUCACCAUCUGGAAAAACGUCGAUGAUUCUACAAGCUGAGAGCAAAAAGGAAUAUGAAGAAUGGAUUUGCACAGUGAACAACAUCUCCAGACAGAUCUACCUGACUGACAACCCGGAGGCCGUGGCUAUCCGCUUGAACCAAACCGCCAUCCAAGCCGUCACGCCCAUCACCAGCUUUGAAAAGAGGCAGGAAGGCUCACCUGACCCUGACAGAGCCAAACCAGGAGGCGUCUACUCCACCGGCACCACAUCCCAGAAGACGGGAGCCGCUCCGGAACCAGAAGACCUGAUCGCCCCGGGGACGCCCAUCCAGUUUGACAUCGUGCUGCCCGCCUCUGAGUUCCAGGACCAGAACAGGGUGGACGGGAGGCGCACUAAUCCAUUUGGAGAAACCGAUGCCGACCAUUCCUCUGAAAGCGACGACGCCCUCUUGCAGCAGGUGUUUGCCGUGCGCUUCCUGGGCUCCAUGGCCGUGCGCUGCGGCGACAACCAGGAGGUGAUCUACGAGGCCAUGAGGCAGGUCCUGGCCGCCCGGGCUAUACACAACAUCUUCAGGACCACCGAGUCCCACCUUAUGGUCACCAGCAGCAGCCUCAGGCUGAUUGACCCUCAGACUCAAGUGACGAGGAUAAGUUUUCCCUUGAGGGAGGUGUGUCAGUUUGCGGCCCACCAGGAGAACAGCAGGCUGAUGGGUUUGGUGGUGGAGGGGCGAGACUGGAGCGACGGCGGCGAAGACGGCGAGCCCUCGUUUAGCGCCUUCGUCUUCGAGAGCAACACGGAGGGCGAGAAGAUUUGCUACACCAUGAGUCUCGCCAAGGACAUUACCGAAGCGAAGAAGAAAUUCCUCAUGGAAGCACAGCGUUGGUGGACCCUGCAGCGCUGGCCCAGCUCAUGAAGAACAUGCCGCUGACCAACGACGGCAAAUUCCUGCUGCUGGACCCUGAGAGCAGCGACACGGCCGACGGGGAGGGACUAGAGGACCUGGAGUCUGAGGCCUAGGAGUCCAAAAAACCUCUCCUCCUCCUGUCUUUGAAAAGCACUCCAGGACUGGGUGAAGGUGGCCUCAUGACCUUUUUAUACCGCUGCAACUUCAACACUCUGCUAAGUUCUGCUCGUGGAUUUGAAUGCAAUUUGGCUCAAGUGGAAUUUGGAGCAAAUCAAAAGCAACCAUCAGGGAGUCCGUUUUCCCUCAUCUUUUACUUGGCGUUUACCGUAAUUCCUCAGAUAGUGGUCCCCAGGAAAAUGCAUACUCUCUGCCGACAGAGGCCAUAAUUCAUAAUAAAACUAUAAUAUUUGUUAUUUCUCAUUCAGUUCUGAAAACAUUAAAUCAAAAGUCAUCAAAUAAACACUUUGUCAUAAUAUUGAAACUUUAGUACACUUUUUUUCUGUGAAGUUUUUGUUUUUUAACCUUUAUUCUUUUAAAAACAUGAAAGUAUUUUUCCUCACAUUAGAACACUUUUACUUUAUGGAAGCGUUUUUCCCCAUUCUUUGAAAGAUAUUGUACGCAUACACACAACUUUUUUCUUGUAAUAUUAUAAAAGCAUACCAUCUUCAUUGGAUUAAAAUGAUGCCACUUCCUUAAUAUUACAACUUUUUCUCUUAUAUUGUAAUAUUAGAAGAUGAGUUUGCCUCACUUUCCGUGAACGUGAACGUGAACGUGUAUUUGAAGUAAAUACUUAACAUUUUGUGACAACGACAAGAAUGAAAGAGUCGGGAAUCGGCCAGGAAUCAAACCCAAGUCAACUGCUUGGAAGGCAGCUAUGCUAACCACGAUACCACCAAUGCUAACCACGAUACCACCAAUGCUGUACAUGCACACGUGGACUGCAUGUGACUUUUGCAUUCUAUUGUCUACCAUUAUUCUUUAAACAUAAAAUUUAACGUUUUCGCAUCUCCUGACUUUAUUAUUUUGAACUACAAUAUUUUUCUUGUGAUAUUACAAUUAUUUAAUUUAGGAUUAUUUUUCCGUAAUAUGAUUUUCCUGUAAAUCAGGGGUGUCCAAAGUGCUAAAAUAUAAUUGAACAAAAAAAAACGAGAAAAAAAAGAAAAAAUAUGAGAAAAAUGUUGCAAUCUAACAAGAAAGUCUGAAAAAUAAAUCAAUUAAACAAUAACAUUGUGAUAUUAUGAGGGAUUUUGCCAUUUUAGUAAUAUGAAGUUGAAAUAUUAAAUACAUUUUUAAUUCCAAUUUUUUAAAGAGUUGUAAUAUUAGAGAAACAAAUGAAACAAGAAAGUUGUAAAGUUACGAGAAUAAAGUGAAAAUAUUAUGGGAAUAAAGUCAUAAUUACCACAAGGACAUUUACAAGGAGAAAGUUGAAAUAUCAAAUAAAUAUAUACAUAUUUUUUUAAUUAACAGCAGAAAUGGAAAAAACAGCUGUCAUUUUAUGAGAACAAAGUAUUAAGAGGAAAAAAAGGUGCAAUUUUACGAGAAUAAACUCAUAAUAUUACCAGGAAAAAUAAGUCAUUUUAGUAGCAUAGAGUUGAAAUAUUCAAGAACAAAACUGUAAUAUUAUAAGAAACAAGCAACCCAGCAAGAAUGAAAAAAGAAAAAAGGAGCAAAUGCUCCAAUAGUCUUUGUCACCAACAGUGCAGGAUAUGACGAAGCUGUUUCUUGAAACGUGCCGUCAUACUGUACCUUCUCAGCGUAUCUGCAUGCGCUGCAGCCUUUCAUUUUUCACGAUGCUGGCAAAACGUUUGGACACCUUUUACUUAAAUGUCUUUAAACAGUGACUUUUUCCUGUUAAAAAACAAGCUUUUUAAAUAGAAUUUAUCAUUUCAAUAUAAAUGAUGAAUUUUAUCCUCAUCCUGAUUGUUUUGUGGUAAUUACACAUUGUUUUCAGUGUUGCCCUAAUUCUCCCUUAUUCUCGAUAAACAUUUCAUCCAAAAAAUGCUGAUUUUAGACACCAAACAGGCACCUGGCAGUGCAGUACAGCCACAACAUGAGGAACUACGGUAGCGCUUAUUUGUGUUGCUGCCACCGAGUGGACGGCAGUCGCAUUGCACCCUGUGUCAGCAGCGUGCCCCCUAGUGGUAAAAAACAAACGGUACAUCACUCCAGUUUACAGGCUUUGAGGUCCUGCCAGCGGAUCUCAGAUCAGCUCUACAAGUUCCUCACAGCAUCUUCUUUAAAAGGAAAGGUGUUCUUUGCUUAGGUUUACAUUUAAUAUGUGAUAUUUUUUAGCUUUUCUUUUCUUACGUGUGUACAUUUUCAUUUUAGAUGUCCAUUUUGCACACCUAAAAGGAUUCAUGAAGUGUGUCUUUUAGUCCUAAUAAUGUUAAGACAUCCCAUCAGGGUUGCAUGGUCAGCAUCAGGCAAAGGAAAUCACCACUAAUUGUUGGCUUUUUCUACCAUCUUGUACCAUCACCACUACUACUACUACUACUACUACUACUAGUACUAGUACUAGUACUACCUGUGUGUACUACAACAAUCAUGAUUGAUGAAAAAAAAACCUGCAUACAACAUACAAUUAAAGCAUGGCAUCUUUAAUACUUGCAUGUUUCUUAUGAUGGUUUGAUGUGUGUGUGUGUGUGUGUGUGUGUGUGUGUGUGUGUGUGUGUGUGUGUGUGAGAGAGAUGGUGACAUGCUCCUUCAAGAGUCUUUGUAGUAGUUGUUAAAGUUGAUGCGAAGGAGGAAGUCUUCCAAGUGAGGCUGGUAGCCUCUGUUCACCAGUUUGGUCACCAC